CUCAAACGACAUUUCAAUUGGAAAAUUGUGACGCUCUCGUCUCGUCUAACGCUCGAGUUAAGAGACUUCUUUCUUGGGCAAGGCCAGACUUUUCAAACUACUCGUUGAAGUUCUUGGAUGAGUGAGUAUCGCGAGAGUCCAGGACCACGACAUGGCAGCUACCCACGUCUUUCGGGAAUCCUUUGUCUUUGGGCAUAAAGAACUGACGCACUGGUUUCCAUCGCAUAUGGCUCGAAGUAUGAAAAAGAUGGAAGGUACUAUGAGGAAAGUAGACUGUGUUAUAGAGGUCCAUGAUGCGAGGCUUCCUUUUGCUGGUAGGAAUCCAGCAUUCCGAGAAAGCUUCGGCAUCAAACCCCAUCUUCUGAUUCUUAACAAGAAAGACUUAGCAGACAUGGCGUUAAGUAAUGAUAUAAGAAAACGUUUGCGGCAGGAGGAGGGGAUCGAGCAUGUUAUGUUCACAAAUUGUUUGCAGCAGAACAGUCCAAGUGCUAAAAAAAUCAUACCUGCAGUGAUCGAUAUCGUCGGGGGAAGGGAAAGAUUCAAUCGGGCAGAGGACCAGGAAUAUUCCAUUAUGGUUGUAGGGAUCCCAAAUGUUGGCAAGUCGUCCCUCAUCAACGCCCUCCGAAGGAUGCACGUAAAAAGAGGAAAGGGAACGAAGGUUGGAAGGCUUCCAGGGGUUACAAGAUCGUUGAUGCAGAGAAUUCUAGUGAGUGAGCAGCCUCGAGUCUGGUUGUUUGAUACCCCCGGCAUCACAACACCUUUCAUUCAGAAUGUUGAGAUUGGUAUGAAGCUUGCUAUUAUGGGCACACUUCAAGACCACAUGGUCGGAACCGAGCUGAUUGCUGACUAUACACUCUUUACUCUCAAUAGAUUGCAGAAAUUUAGGUAUGUGGAUGUGUACAACAUUUCUGAACCUUGUGAUGAUAUUGACAGAGUAUUAGCUGACAUAGCAAUCAAGUUUGGCAGAACAAGAAAGCUGAAGACCUAUGAAGGAUCAAGGAGGGAAGUAUUGGACAUUCACGCGGCUGCUUCGAUCCUUGUCCGUGACUUUAGGACCGGAGUUUUAGGCCGAAUAUCCGUGGAUUGAUCUUCAACAUUUGGACAGACGAUAGAAUAAACUGUAAUCCCUUUGACUGUGGUAUCAUGGUGAAAACUAUAUCAAGUCUAUGGGAAUUUGGAAAUAUGUUGUAAAAUGCUCAAGUGCAAUAUGUUCCUUUAGGACCUUGUGGUGAGAGCAGCCGUCGCAGUUGACCCUCUGGAUUGCAUUUCUAUUCUUCAAUGUGUGAAUCCAUAUGAAAAGCAGCUUGCUAGCGUGGUAUUUCAUUGAACGAAUGUAUGUAUGUUUAUGCAUGGAAAUAUACAUACUGGUAAAAUGUAUAUUUUUGUAAGAUUUUUCGUUUGUGUCAGAAUCAGAUAUAAAUUAAACAGUGCCUUAUUC